CUCUCCUUAUUGUCUGGUGUGUGUGUUUGUCUGUAUACCUGACGGAAAAAUGGCUAGUGCUUCUGUAUUUCACGAUGAGUUCAGCUGUUCUAUCUGUCUGGAUCUGCUGAAGGACCCGGUGACUGUUCCCUGUGGACACAGUUUCUGUUUGAGCUGCAUUACAGGCUGCUGGGAUCAAGAAGACCAGAAGGGUGUUUACAGCUGCCCCCAGUGCAGAGAGACCUUCAUUCCAAGACCUGUUCUACGCAGAAGUACAAUGCUGACUGAAGUUAUAGAGAAGCUGAAGAAGACUGAACUGCAGUCUGAUGUCACAGUUUCUUCUGAUGCCAAACGAGAGGAUGUGGAGUGUGACUUCUGCACUGGGAGAAAACAUAAAGCCAUCAAGUCGUGUCUAACAUGUAUGGUUUCCUAUUGCGAAGUUCACAUUCAGCCUCACUAUGAAGUAUCUGGACUAAGCAAGCACAAGCUGGUGAAUGCCACCUCACAGCUACAGGAGAAGAUCUGCUCUCAGCACAACAAGAUCAUUGAGUUGUUUUGUCGCAAAGAUCAGAUGUUGAUCUGUAUGCUCUGCUCCAUGGAUGACCACAACGGACAUGCAACUGUUUCAGCUGUAGCAGAACGGGCCGAGAGGCAGAACAAGUUGUCAGAGACAAAGGUGGAGAACCAGACACAGAUCCAGCAGAGAGAGAAGGAGCUGCAAGAAGUCCAUCAGGCCCUGCUAACGCUAAAGGCCUCUGCACAGGAAGCUGUUGAGGACUCUGACAGGAUGUUCACUGAGCUGAUCAGCUUCAUGGAGCAGAAGCGCUCUGAGGUGACCGAGUCCAUCAGAGCUCAGGAGAGGGCAGAGGUGAGUCGAGCUGAAGGACUCCUGGAGCAGCUGGAGCUGGAGAUCACUAAACUGAAGAGCAGAGAUGCUGAGAUUGAGAAACUUCUACAGAAAGAGGAUCCUGUUGAUUUCCUCCAGAGCUUUGAUGCCUGCUGCACUUCAUCUGUGUCAAAGAUCCGUUCCAGUAUAACUUUCACUCCACAUCUCUCAACUGAUAUUAAGAGGUCGGCCCUUAAAGAGAUAGAACACAAGGUGUUAAGGUUAAAUUCAGGUUUCUUGGUUGGGGACAGAGUCCGAGUGAAGGCUUCUGUUAAAACUCCAUCGUUCGGCUGGAGAAAAGUCACUCACAGCAGUGUGGGUGUGAUAACAAGGCUCAAUGGUCCAUCUAGUUGCAUGUUAACUGACUUUCCUGAGUGCACUUCCUGGUGGGCAAACCCCUCAGAGAUGGAGCUAGUCCUCUGACGCAUCACAUGCCCUGAUUUGGAGGUCAUGACCUGACCUCUUUGACCUGUGCUGUGGCUUAAUUUGCCUUAUUCAUCCUCUGAAGUUCGCCCUAUAAAAAGUAUCCAAAGCUGCCUUCUUUGCCCAUGUAAGGAGAUCCGGGAGUUAAUUGAAGCUAACUGCCUAUGGCAAGUUGCAUUGUAAGUUAGCUUCGGGGUAGCAAAGAUCAAAGUGUGCCGUCUUCACCUAUCGAAGAUCACAGUAUCCACUAGAUGGCAGUGGACAAAACUGUGUAUAGCGAAAAACGUCUGCUUUUCCAAUUUCUUCAUCCCUGCGAGAGUUUAGCAGGUGCAAAAUAAAAUUUCCCCAUGUUAUUUUCCAGUUGAAAAAAUCUCAAGAUACCGGAUCUCCUUAUUUUCUUUUUUUGUAGGCGAACUUCAGAGGUCUAUGGUAAAUCAGAGUGAGGACACUGGGUACACUUGUCAUCACAUCUCAGUCCAGCAGAUGGCGGUAAUGCACUCUGUUUGCAAACUGGCAAAAAAAAGAGCAAGAGCAAAGUGCUGCCAAGAAUCAUUAAGGGCGGAGCAAGAUACUUCAUGAGAAGCCACUUCCUGGAACCCGAAUCGCAAGGGGGGGGCAGAGGCAACAACUGUUCCAUUGAAGUCUAUGGGCAUGACACACUCCCUUAUGCAAAGGAAGUGAUCCCCGUUUUGUACCCAUAGACAUGAACUACAACGAAGUAUCUUGCUCCGCCCUUAAUGAUCUUUGGUGCUGCAUGGUCAAAAAGCCACAUGGUGGAGGAAGGAAAUCAAAUUGUGAUAGCACUUUGUGAAUUUUGUAAGCAAGUCGGUUGGCUUCUAGGUAAUGAACUGUACAGUUUUUAAUUUUUUAAGCUUCAUGAAGCAGUUUUCAGAUAAUUGGUGCCUCCAGUCCAGUUUACUAAUCUCCAGCACGUGAUGGUUCAUCUCUGGGAUGGAAAUUAACACCCAUCACCAGGCAAAUGCGGGUGAAUUUGUGUACUGGCGGGUGAAUUUGGUCAACUUCCCCGACACUGUGGUGGGUAAAUAAAUAGAGAUAGCAUUACCAGAAAGAUACAGUCAGAUCCGGUGUCUGGUAUUGACGGUUAAAAAUAAGAAAAUGUCAGUAGGGAUCAUGUCGUUACCAGCCUAUAAGAGUAAAUUGCUGCAAUUUGAACAUGAGUGAUGGGUAUGCCCAAAUCUCAUAUCAAGCCUCAACUACUGUAUGCUUGUAAAUGGGUAUGCCCGAACCUCACAUCAAGUCUCAACUAUGCUUGUAAAAUCUAAAACGAGCAUAGGGGUGUGAUGUAUAAAGUAUGAUUGUUUUCAGCCGCCACAUUUACCAACACACUCUUUUAAAGAUAUUUUUUUUGGCUUUUAUGCCUUUAAUCAGAUAGGACAGUGUAGGGUGACAGGAAACGAGUGGGAGAGAGAGUAGGGUGGGAUCCGGAGGGGACCACGGGGCGGGAAUCGAACCCGGGUCGCCGGCAUGCGGUGCAGGUGCCCCAGCCAGUCGCGCCACGACUGGAGGCGUUUACCAACACACUCUUUCGCUGGAAUCAGAAUAAAUGAACACGUGAGCCCCGCCGUGAGAUUAUUCCUGCUCGCAGUCGCAGAUCUGCGCUUGUUUCUAGGCUUGGUUGAUAAAUGAGGGUCAGCAUCUCCUUGGGUGACUUGCAGGCUGGAUGGGGAGUUCAUGUAAGAUGGACCUGUUUGUAUUAAUGAAGUCUCUGUACA